GACUGCCGACUGAAGCAAAUCGUACUGUCCUCGAAGUAAAGGAAAACGGCCUGAUAUUAUGGAUAAGCCAAUUGUAUGGGCUCGCGUUGUGAAGGUGCUCGGUCGCACAGGCUCCCAGGGUCAGUGCACCCAGGUGAAGGUGGAAUUUCUUGGCGAACAGAAUCGCCAAAUCAUACGCAACGUGAAGGGCCCAGUGCGAGAGGGCGACAUUUUGACGCUAUUGGAAUCGGAACGUGAAGCCAGACGUCUGCGCUAGGAUGGGAGUUUUGGAUCUAUAGGACUAGGUAGAAUAAUCAUUGUGCUAAUCGGGGGAACUUUGAGGAUUUGUUGCAUAUACUGAUGGAUAUAUAAAUACAACACAUAACAAUCUCUUAAGUAUGUAUGUAGGUUAUUUUGCGAAAGGGGCUUUGGGCGAAACUCCCUUUGCAAAUACUUACAUAUAUAAUAUUUACAAAAUAAUUAUAUAAUCAGACUGUCUUGAAAUUAAUCAACUAAGCGAAUACUUGUAAACCAUCUUUAAACAUGAUUUAAUUUCAAUUUAUAAUAAUGAAUCGUAUUGUGCAUUAAGUUGUUGGGCGAAACGCUUUUUGCAAGUACUUUUAUAAAAUGUAACAAAUUGUAAUAUAAAAAAAAACUCUAAAAUA